AUGAUCUCUGAUUUGAUAGAAGAAAUUAUUGAAACAGGUUCCUAGGGAAAAGAACUUAUAAAGGAUGCUUUUAUUAUUGGCAUAGCUUGGGGACGAAAACAAUUGCACACCUUCGCAGACUUAAAAUCAGCUAUAAAAUCGAUAUUAAAAGUAAACGAAUAAAUUGACAAGUCUUUGGUAACCCCCUUUUACAAAGAAGAUAAGUAUAACAAUUUUCUAGUUGAUAAUGUAAUGAUUGAUCUUUAUAAAGAAUUUUGUAUUAUUCUGCAAACCAGCCAAAUUAAAACAAUGUUAGACAACGCCUUCAUAAAAGAAGGUGCAAGACAAUUCGUAACAACUCAACAAUUAAAUUUUGGUUUCUCCACAAAGAGUAUAGAAUCUUUAAAACUCAAAAAUGUGUUAAUUGUGUAACUUUGUUAUUGA